AUGCUGGGCUCGCAAUACGACUCCUCCUCCUCAAGGGACGCCCCGAGCCCGGAUAUUCCUGCGACAGCCACAAACUUCAGGCGCCUCCUACCAGCCGGCGCUGGCCCUCGCGUUAUCUCAACGGAACGCCCCUUUCGACGGCAGAGACAAACUGUUCCAGCAGCUUGUCUAGAGUGCCGCAGACGGAAAGUAAAGGUCGUUGACAUCGCCGCCGUUAAGUGUUCCGCAACCCGACCGAUCUGUUCGCGAUGUUCCAUUCAAAAUGUUGAGUGCGAGUACGAGACAGGGCCUGACAUCACCCGUAGACGCGCAAUUGUCAACCGGCUUGAAGAACUCGAGAAAGAAAACAAUGAUCUCCAAGAGUUGAUCAGAGAUCUUUGUUCACGACCUGAAGCAGAGGCAACCGAGAUAUUCAAUCGACUACGAUCGACAGGCAACCCAUUUCACGUCUUGGACCUCGUCCGCAUGGGGGACCUACUUCUGGGAAAGCAACCUGUCGAAGCUGAUAGCUUCGGUGACAGGAGAAGCAAAUCGAGCCCGUUAUCUUCCAAGCCGAGUUCCGUGCCAGAGAAAGCCGACAUGAACCCGUCUGAUCCGGAAGAUUGAUUGAAUCGAGCCCUGCGCAAACUAUGCACAUGGUGGACAAUCUGACUCAUGAAACACCACGAUAACUUCAGUUGACCCGAGCGGUUUCUUGAAUCUUUUCUUGCAAUCUAGUCA